CAGGUGUGGGCGCCACAACAGGCCGGGUCGCCCGCCGGUCACCGGCCUCCCGCCCACGUGAUGCCCGGGCGCCAUAAAUAGCCGGGCGCGCGGGCCGGCGGAGUCUCCGGGGAGCCAGCGCCCUGCCUUCCCGGUCUCCGCGCCCCGUCCGGCCCCCGGCCCGGCCCGGCCCGUGCGGAUGGAGGCGGCGGCGGCGGGACGCCUGCGCGCUCGGACGUCGCCUGCUGACUGGCCUGGGAUCCAUGGAGAGGACCGGGAAGGGCAGCUCUGAGCACUGCCGUGCCCAGCAUCGCGGCGCCCGCUGCUGAGGGGCCCCGCGCCUCUGGCCCCCACCAUUGCCCUCGCCCGCCGAUGGCAUCCGCCCGGCCCAGGGCCACCUGAGCCGCCCGCGCCCUGCCAGGACUCGCCGUGCCCCCAUGGGGUAACGUGACAGGACUGAGCACCACGCCGCCGCCGCCUGCCCACCGCUGCCUGCGACCCCACCCCAAGCAGCCCUUUCAGUUCAGUUCCAGUUUGGCUUCCUCUGGUCCUCGGGGCUUGGGGCCGGCCUUUGCGAGAAGGGGACUGGCCACCCGUCCACCGAUGCCGGGACCUCGUCCCCUGCCACAGGCACCGCGCUGGACACGGACAGCACAGCCGGACGAACGCGGGGCUUUUUGACGAUUUCUUUGCGGAGUUUCCGUGGUUAUUUCUCUCUCGGCCCUUUUGUAAUUCUCCGACUCUAAGAGGCAGGAGCCUGACGGCCGCUUCCCUUCCGGUGGGGGCUGCGUCUUCUUUUCCUUUUUUAAAGAGUUGAGUUUUGUAUUCUAAGUAUCCACGCACCGGCAGCGUCCUGCCCCCUCCCAAGUAUUUGCACAAUAUUUGUGCGGGGUGUGGGGGCAGGUUUUUAAAGCAAUUCCUCUCUCUUGGACAAGCACAGGGAUCCGUUCUCGGGUGUGGGGGGCUGGGGGCUCCUCCGUCCGUGUCCCACACCGUCAUGGCCCGCAUGAACCGGCCGGCCCCCGUGGAGGUGAGCUACAAGAACAUGCGGUUCCUCAUCACGCACAACCCCACCAACGCCACCCUCAGCACCUUCAUCGAGGACCUGAAGAAGUACGGGGCCACCACCGUGGUGCGCGUGUGCGAGGUGACGUACGACAAGGCCCUGCUGGAGAAGGACGGCAUCACCGUGGUGGACUGGCCCUUUGAUGAUGGGGCCCCCCCGCCUGGCAAGGUGGUGGAGGACUGGCUGAGCCUGCUGAAGGCCAAGUUCUGCGAUGACCCUGGCAGCUGCGUGGCCGUGCAUUGCGUGGCCGGCCUGGGACGGGCCCCGGUCCUCGUGGCACUGGCGCUCAUUGAGAGCGGGAUGAAGUAUGAAGAUGCCAUCCAGUUCAUCCGACAGAAGCGGCGCGGAGCCAUCAACAGCAAGCAGCUCACCUACCUGGAGAAGUACCGGCCCAAGCAGAGGCUGCGGUUCAAAGAGCCGCACGCGCACAGGACCAAAUGCUGCGUCAUGUAGCUCCGCCUCGGGCCCGGCCCGCCCUGCCCCUCUCUUCCUGGGCCUCAGAGUCCACACCCCCGUGAGGGGCCAGCCUGGUCCAGGGACCCCACGGGGUGACCUGUCCCCCUCCCCCCAGGGCAUCGCCCUCACGGUGGGGCUGACGGCGGUCCGCCACCUGGACCACGUGUGGGCCGCGCCCGAGGGCCCCCGCACCUCCAUCUGGCCUUCCCCCCCCCCCCCCCCCCCAGCCCUGGCACCUGGGCGGGCCUGCCUCCCGGGCCCAGCCCCGCCCGAGCAGGCCUGCUGUCUGUCUGUCUCCCUGUGUCCAUCCGGCUGUCUGCCACUUUCCGGAUCCAUCCUCCCUUUGUCCCGUCUCCAUGCUCUGUGUCCCUCUGUGCCGUGUCUCUCUGUCUCCGUGUCCUGUGUCUGUCUCUGAGGCUUGGUCCAGGGCCAUGUUCCUGGCCUUCCUGCCAUCACCUUCCUGGCUCUCCCUCCCCGCCUCCCCCUUCUGUGGGGGCAGGUGUACUUUUAAACCACUGGGCUGACCCCUCCUCCGCAGCCCUUGUCCUGAGCUGUUCUCAGCCCCUUGGAUUCGUGGGUCUGAGGGUGGUCAGCUGUUCUGGACACUUGAAGGCAAUAAAACAGGACCCUGUGCUGUG